CGAGGGCGUCGCGUUUUUCGCCGUCCGACGUUUUGUGUAUCAAGGAUUACGGCCACGACACGGAAAGACGAGUUCAAGUACAGCUACGCGGGUCAUACGGAGAGAAGAUCUUUCUGCUCAUGGAAUUUCCUACGGUGUGCGAAAAAGAGCGUUUCAUCUGUGAUGUUUGCCCCUUAGCAUCCACUGACAACCACAACGGUAGGGGCACGUCAAACCACAGUCCGCUCGUAACGUCUACAGCUAGAAGAAAUGCUCUUGGGACGAACGUCGAUGCAAUAGGCGGUGGAAUUCGACCACUUGUAAGGACACGAAGCGGACGUGUGCCUGAAGACAUGAACUCUUCAACAGGUUGUAGAUACGCUGGCAAUGGGAGUAUUUCAUCAUCACAACAUGAUGAUAGUCGAGAGACGUCGAGCUUCAAUCCGACUAUGGGUCAUUUUGCUGUGCCACCGAUGGGAGGUCCUGGCUCGGCGCCGUCGGGCCUUCUCGGCAUGCGCCAUCCCGCCGUCGGAAAGGCUACAUUGCUAUCGCCGCGCCAUUUGCAAGUAGUGCCUAUAGCAUCUCGGUCUACUCCGGCUUCGCAUUCAACUUCUAGGUACAAUCAUGGAGGAGAUCACAGUUCGAGUGGGAUGUUGCAACUCGGCCAGAGCAAUAGUGCAUCUAAUGCUAGUGGUAGCAGAGGAGGGGGAGUUGUCACGGGCCACCUAGGUUGUGUCCGUGAACUGGAAGACGAGGCGUCACUAGGGAACGGGUCUUGGCCUCCUUCUGAGAAUACUUCUAGCAGGAGAUAUCAGGGAACUACGUCAGCACUGCAUGACCGUGACGAUGUUUAUCCACGUCGCGACGAGGACCAGGAGCACUCGUACAACGCGGCGUCAGCCUUACCUUCUCCCGGCUCCAUUACCGGAACGCUAAGCUCUAGUGGUUGCGACCACGUCCUUUCGUCCACUAGUUGCGCCCUUGGUUAUCGGCCGCCGUCGCCCCGUCUGUCAUCUUGUGCUUCAGGUCGUGACCAACAGCAGAGUCCGGACCAGGCCUCAAGCUGUACUACACUCCAUCAGGAAGAUGCUUUGAUGAGCACCCUAGCGUCAUCAUCCACUGCGCGCAGCAGUCAAGUCCUACGGAAAAGUAAUCGAGAAGUGAGAUUUCAUCCGGACGAAGAACACCAACAUGCUGCUGAAGGAGGUCAACAAUUUGCCGACCCGGUGCCAACCACAGUACCAGGGGGAGAGGUAUUCGGACAACGAGCUAAGCACGAAGGUGUAAAUCUUCCCUACAAAAAUCAGUCCUCUGCGGCGCGCUUGUAUCCCGAAGUUGGACAUCAGGUGGACGAGAACGCCAGUACUAUUGGGUUAUCAGCAUCUGCGACCCCGACCGCGUCUUCAACUUUCGGUGGCCUUGGCAAUGUUUCUUACAAGCAGGAUUUUCACACUGGAUACCGAAGUGCUCAAUACCAAGAACGUUUUCUGCAGAACAAUUUCAACAACGGGAGUCCCCGCAACAUGGUGGUUUGCUCAUCCCCUGGAGACCAUCAACAUCCUGCCAAAAUCCACCGCCGUCGCGCUUCCCUUUCCGAUGACGCUCUGGUCGCUUUAACGGAAGACUUGCAGGAAGAAAGUAUUGGGAGAGCGCGCAAACUGCUUUUGCUCCUAGAGGUCCCGAUCGAACUCUUGUUCGAGACUACGAUGUCCUGGUGCGAUCCCAAGGAUGCCCCGAAAAAACACUUGUGGGGCUACUGUUUUCUGCUAUCGAUGUUGUGGCUGGGCGUUUUUUCGAACUUGAUGGUGACUACAGUGGAGCACAUCGCACGAGCGUUUCAGAUUCCGACCGCUUUUCUUGGUGCGACGCUUUGCGCGGCAGGUACCAGUCUGCCGAACGUUUGGGCCUCUUUCCUCGCGUCAAAGGACGGCAAAAGCGACAUGGCAGUUGCAAACGCCCUAGGGUCGAACGUGCAGAAUGUCUUCUUGGCACUCGCGUUGCCGUGGCUGCUGCGGAGCAUAUUGUUGAGGGACGAUCCAGGACGACGCACUUUGCCGUUGCAGGCGCCGGGCCUCGCUGUUGGAACUGGGUGGAUGGCGGGAACGCUCUUGCUGCUGUUGGUGUUGGCCAUAAGUCGCAACUUCACCCUUCACCGCCAGAUCGUGCCACCCCUCUUCGCGACACUUUACAUCCUCUUUGUCCUGCAAGUGUGGCAGGCAUGUAGCGCGACUGUAGGAGGAGCUUGAUCUCCUGUAUAAUCAGUGUCUACGACCUCUACCUGUAUCUCCCACUAUAACUCCCAUGAUGUCCUCCUCUCAGUAUGUACUUAUUCGUUUACAUCAGAUGUUGAUGUUGAUCGAGAUGAUGUUUUUUCCCUUUUUUAGUCAGUUGUAUUGAAGAUCAUAGUGAAAGGCUAGUUGCCGCUAAAAGUUCUAUCCCCUACUUUUAGUCACAUCUCAUUCUCAUAUUGUUUUUUUUCACUUCAACUGUUCCAAGUCUAUUUUCCUUUCCGUGUCAUAUGACAACCCGCAUAUGCAGGCGACUUUGAGGAUAUCGAUUCGUAUGCGUGCUGAGGUAUCUGAGACGAUGUAUGGACGCUCCGUCACCGGUGGUAUCUUUCUUGAACAGCUUUAAAGUUGAUAAUUCUAAUCCCUG